UUCCUUGCAGAUUCCUUGCAGGAAAGGAAGGUUAAAAUAUUCCAUACGAUGUGUUUGCAGAGGGAUUUGUGCUUUAAGUUCUCUAUGCCUCUUCUUUGUAAUGUUUGCCUGCUUUGGGUUGCAGUUACAGGUUUUAAAGAAGCAGUGCAGUGUGAAAUGGUUCCUGCGGUAGCCAUUGGUGAAAAUGUGACCCUCAGCUGUAACUUCACCCUUCCUCUAGAUAUUCUACAAAUAACCUGGCAGAAGAGGAUAGGACCUUCAUUCCAGAACAUAGCCACCUACAGCAAGAGACACAGACCUAAAUCUGUGGGAUUACUUCAGAACAGAGUCCUAUUUACAGAUACAAGACUGAAUGCAUCAUCCAUCACUCUCCCCAAUGUGACGCUACAGGAUGAAGGAGAUUAUAAAUGCCUCUUCAACGCAUUUCCACAUGGUUCUUUCAGUAGAAACACCCACCUAACUGUACAAGCUGUUUCAGAAAUCAGAACCAAGCUCCUCGUAAAUUUCAUUAGCCAGGGGAUCCUCACUGCAAUUUGCUCGGCUACUGGAAGGCCUGCCCCCAAAAUCACCUGGCGACCUGAGGGAGUCCUGACUGAUCAUCGCCCUCAGGUUGGCAGCGUUCACAAUGCAGAUGGAACAGUUAUGGUGACAAAUGUUUGCAACUUCUCCUUGGAACACCUCGAAAGGCUGACUUGUGUAAUGGACCAUCCUGACCAUCCUGAGGGAAUUAAAGAGAAGAUAGUUUAUCAAGAAGAUGAUAACAGACAAGAACAAGAAUAUGGAGGUGUUCCUGGAGAGAAGAUUAUUCUUUUUCUUCUAGUUCCUAUACUUUUUGGCUUAGGAGUUAUGAUCAUAGUACUAAGGAAAAUAAAUGGGAAAAAGUCCCAAGUUUUCAGUAUGGCCAGCACUCCUGCAAGGGAAACAUUUUUUAACGAAGACAAGGUCAAGAGUUCCCAGAACCUGCAGACACCACGGAACCAGGAUAUUUCCUAUCAAAAUGAGGGACAAACCCCAACACCUCUUCGGAAAAGGACACCAGCACAAAAACUAAAUAGGAGUCAAAACAAUGGAAACGUGUGUAGAGCAUUAGUCCAAGAUGUGAAAAAGAAUGAGGAGGCCAAUUUCCAUGACAAUUCACUGGAGGGUAUUAAAGAAAUAGAUAAUUAAAUUUUAAGAAAUUAAGACAGGGGUGAAGUUUAACUACUGAAAAUGAGCAAAAGGUGGCUGAGAGUGCUCCUGAAAUCCUGAGACUUUCAGUUCAGUACAAAUGCUGAAAUGUCCAGUAAUCUUUGGCUAUUUUUCUUGCCCAUAAUCUUUUUAUUCCAUCCACCUGUUGACAAACUCAAUCCUUUGGCGACCCAGGGAAUAGGGGACAAUCUUGAUGUUCAGUAAUCAAUCUGAAAGGGCUCUGUCUUAUUCAGAGCAACCAAAUUUAAAAAUAACAGAGAGCAAUCACAAUGGUAUAACGCAGAUUUUCAAAGUCUUAUUACCAACCUACUUUUUAAACUCAUAAGUAAUUGUCACUUGGUUUGAGGUGCCUCUCUCUGUCACUUAUAUGAGUGUUUGUGAACAUAACAUGAAUAGUACCAUAGGGCACCUGUACAUGCUAUAGGUUUAGUCCUAAUUAAAUUAAAUGGGUUUAUAACAUUUGAACUUGUUUAUUUUGGAGCACUGCAUCAAUGUUUGCACAUACAGGGCUUUCAAAUGAAUUAAGCCUGGUGUACAAUUCCCUGUAAAUUCCAUUAGGGAGAGCCAUAUAAUAGUCCAUCCUGCUGAUCUCUUUGCUACUCAGUUACAGCAGGGGGUGCCAGCAAACCAGUAAUCCCCUCACUCCCAGAACACUCAUACCCACCCUGCCCCAGCAAGCUGUAGCUGUCCCACACCAAGCUACAGUUGCCUGCAUGGUCAUCACCCCCCCACCCCCCAACAUAGCCUGGCAUGGAUGCCCCACCCUGUGCCUUGCUGCCUGCAACUACCCAAAGACUGUGCUUACUGACAGUGGCGCCAUCACCCCAUAAUUCACCCCUGGUUCCAUCAAAGAAUGAAUAACUGCUCGGUCACCUAAGGAGUGCACCUUGGAGUGCUUUCAUUUGCCCUUCAAUGCAAAUGGUCCCCUCCCACUCACAGGACUCCCCAGGUCCAAACAGGCUAGGUCCAAAAUGAGAGGCAUCAUAUUAGAUUAAUUUAUUUUCCAGUGUGUGCAGGGAUUCCUGCCCCAUCCCCAGAUGACCUGCAGUUUUUAUUAAAAUUACUGGUUCUACCAGUAUCCACCCCACCCCCGUUUAGGUUAAUUUGCUGCUAACUGACCAUAUUCUUCCUUCAGCAGGCUCCUUUGGCCUGCUGCCUCGCCCCCUGGGCAGCACUGGGGGAGGGGGCAAAGCCAGGUUUUGAUGAAGGCAAAUUACAGGUGGGAGAUGGGACAGUUUGUAUCAACUUACUUGUGAAACUUAAAGGCUGUGUAGGCAUUUAUACUGCUUGGAGAAUGAGAGGGAACACUCCUAGAACAACGUGUGGCCCAUCACACAUGGGCUCUCAGGCUCCUCUGUCUCAUAUGUGAAGCAAGUCUGCUGGUUCUUGGCCCUAGCAGGCAUGUGGCCCCAGCAAGCCAGGCUAUGGGGUCUCCAGGUUAUGGCUGUCUGCUCUCCUGCUCUCCUUGCCCCCUCAGUUGGUUUCCUUCCUUGCCAGGUUCUGCUUCCAAUUCAGCCCCAUACUCCUUUACCAAUCUACUGCCCACUCCAAGCCCACAGUGCACCUUGGCCCUCUGUAUUGAAUUAUAUGGCUUCAUUAUCUCAGUGCCAGAAGGACAGGGGAUAUGUCAGUGAGAGCUCAAAAAAGACAAGUUCCCUGCUCUCAGUUUUAGAGUCAAAAUGGGGAAAGUCCAGCCUCAUGCCUGUAGGUCACAGGGGGUGAGGGGACUGUUUUUUUAACAUUGAAACACAGUUUGUUUUUCCCUACCUUUCUUCCCAGAAACAGCCGAGCUCUUUUGGCUGAAUUCUUCCAAAACCACAGAUCAGAGGAAGAUAUGCAACACAUUAGACAUUACUCUGAUUUGUUAAAGUUUAGUGAUUAUUAGCAACUAUAUUCCUUACAACGGGAAAUGUCUGGCAGCCUUUAGUAAUAGGUGGCAUGCUACCAGGUCUGCCUUUCAUUCAAACUGUACCCUUUCUACCUAUACACCUUAGGAUUACCAUACGUCUGGGUUUUCCCAGACAUGUCCUCUUUUUUGGCCCCCUGUGCUGUGUCUGGGCAGGUUUUUAAAAUAAGAGCAAAGUGUCCAGGUUUUUUGCUGUUCCUUUGUGUUCCAGGGCUGGCUGCUUGGGCCUGGGAGUAGUGGACAAGGUGACUGGCUGUCGGGGGUCACAUGCUCCCCACCUGGGGCCCAGCGA